UUUGUUUAUUCUUGGUAAUCACAGCAAUUAUAAUUUUAAAUUAAAUACACAAAAACUCGCGGUUCUACAGAGCUGCAAAUAAUUAUUAACCUAGAAACUAUUGUCCUUCAUUGUCUAUAGUUAACUUGACUACAAAAAACGAGAGGCGAGGUUAUCGCGCCGCGCAGAGUGUAACAAGUUAUAGCUACGACCAUUACUUUUACUUGUGGAGCCAGUCAGUUGGUUUUGUGCCGUGAUAUUGGUCAGACGUAAACAUGGCAAGCGGAAAGAUCGUUGUGUAUGGCGGGCGCGGCGCUCUCGGAGCUGCGGUCGUUAACCACUUUAAAUCAGCAAACUGGUGGGUCGCCAACAUUGACAUGAACCCUAACGAUAAAGCUGACUUCAACAUUACGGUACCUAAAGACUCUUCAUGGAUCCAACAAGAGGAACAUGUUGUUAACGAGCUAGCCAGCGCCCUGCAAGGUCAAAAAGUGAACGCGGUUAUUUGUGUGGCCGGCGGCUGGGCCGGCGGAAACGCGGCUAAGGACCUUAGCAAGCAAGCGGAUCUAAUGUGGCGUCAGUCCGUGUGGAGUUCCUCUAUCGCUGCUACAGUUGCCUCCAAAUACCUCACUGCUGGAGGCCUGCUGGCUCUGACUGGUGCCAAAGCCGCCUUAGAAGGUACCCCUGGUAUGAUUGGUUACGGCAUGGCUAAGGCUGCUGUCCAUCAGCUCACAAAAUCACUAGGUGCUAAGGAUUCUGGUUUACCAGAGGGCUCUCUGGCAGUGGCAAUACUCCCUGUGACACUGGACACUGAGAUGAACAGAAAAUGGAUGCCCAAAGCUGACUUCGGUACUUGGACACCACUCACAUAUGUUGCCCAGCUCUUUGACAAGUGGAUCAAGGGUGAAGAGCGUCCCCCCUCUGGGAGCCUGGUGGCCCUCGUCACUAAGGAGAGUGUCACUGACCUGAUUGUCGAGUAAACUUGCCCAAUAUUACUAUAAGAGGAUGAAAUAUCUCAAAUAAAUAUAGUUAAUUAGUAUAAAAUUUAAGUUAUUGUUCUGUUUUAACCGUACUUAAAUGAGUUUAAUUCAUAUCAGUUGUUUUGUUUCAUUGUUUUUAUAUUCGGAAGUAUUGUGCAAUGACCACAAAUGGGUUAAUUAUACUGUAAAAGUUUAUCACAAAUAUAAUAAAACAGUUUGUUGAUAUUAUUGCAUUUGUUACAUUUAUUUUUAAUAAUAAAAGACAAUAAGUCUCAAAGUGUAUGUGUGGUAGAAAGUCAUGUAUAACAUGUGAAAUGUAUCAGUGUAUAAUCAAUGUGAUAUGUAACUAUUUAAAAAUAUGAUAUUAAAUGUUGAAGCAAUGAA